AUGGAAGGCAAAAUGGCUGAGGGAAGUUCUUCGCUGAAAGAGUGUUCCUCUUUAGAAAAACAGGAGGAAAGUGAAGGAAGAAGAAUGGAAUCAUUUAGAAAAGUAAUGAGAAAAUGUUUGGACAAAAUCAUGGCUACUGGAAGGUAAUAGAAGGGGUGUAUAUAUCGGCAUGUGACCCUACAAAUGACGAGCUGACUUGCUCUAAUACACGCCGUACUUAAAUUCCCGAAGCUUAACUUUACUUAGAGAUAGGACUUAAACGUAUUAAAUCUUUUGUCAUCUUCGCCUAUCAGAGGUCAUAGUUUGAACCUGUUCCAAAGAGAAAAAACCUUUUAGGGGUAACGUUAUUCAGCGUUAUUUAUCUAGCUUUAUGCCUGGCGGCAAGUACGACUAUGCAUAGUUCCGGUGGGUGUGGGGGAGGGGGAGAAUUGCACCUGAAAUAGGUGGGGAUGUUCGUCUUCUCACGUAGGGAUGUAAAUUACGAAUUUUUGGUUCACUAUAGGCCCUGUAUUUAUGGAGAAAAGUUGUUCCGGGAAAGAGGGUCACCCUUCCAGCUGAGUCAACUUAAGCAAGAAUAUGUAUGAGAAAAAGUUCACCCCUUUGCCUGAGCCAAGAGCUGACUGUUGUUCAUAUUGUCCCUCUUUGAACGAGUUGAUCCAGCUGGGCAAGUCAAAGGGCCCCUUCCAUUCAGCCCAAAAUUCCGGAAAAUUUUGGUUAGAAAUCAAAUGGAACAGACCAUUUCGGUUCGGUUUGACGGGAGUAUUUGGGACCACUCUUGAAGGUGGAGGUGUGAGUGGCUGAGGGAUUAACACCUUGAACUCUGGAUUUGGAGGUAUGGGGUGCAAGCCUCACCUGUCAUGUUGUUUCCCUAGACAAGGAACUUUACUCCACCUUAUCUCUCUUCACCCAGGUGUAUAAAUGGUACCAGUGACAUACUGCUGGGGGGUAACCCUGCAAUAGUCUAGCAUCUCGUCCAGAGGGGAGAAGCAAUACUCCUAGGCAUGCUUCUUGUUAGGGAAACCGGGAUAAGCUCUGGCCGUUUGGACCUUUGGCUUGUGUGCACCUUUACCUUACCUUUGAAGGUGGUCCACUUUACUCCUCUUUUGUAUUCUUCCUACAAGUACAAUAACCAAACGUGUGGUUGGGUUUGUUCAAUCAGACUGUACCAUUUCAUUGAGCUCGUUGACUCGGAAAUUUCUAACCGGAAUUUUGGUUGAAUGCAAAUGGCCUGAAAUGUGUUUUCAAGAAAAGUUGGCACAGCUAGUUGGGUGACCUAACCACUGAAAAAUGGUGACCCUGCUAGGCAGACCACCCUUCAAGCAAAGCCAACUUUUUGCUUUUCAUCUAAAUGGUUUUUUCAAAUUUUGUAAGGAAAUGUAGGAAAAGUUGGCUCACCCGGCCCAUGUAAAGCUGUUAGGAGAGCCCCUGUUAAUUCGUUUAAAAGACUGGUGGCUAGUGAUGUCUUGAGUUUAAAUUAAGCUAAAUUUGAUUUAGCCUCAUUUAAUUUAUAAAUGCCAUACUUGGUGGCUUGAACUUUAAGUAACUGUACUGGGUUAUUUCUCUGGGCUAUUCUGAGGAUUUACCCAUAGACCUGGGUGGGUGGGUGUGUGCUGGUGAGACCUAGAAAUCCUUAGUGUAUACCAGACCCUGUUCAGCUGCAUUCUUUACUAAUAAUCACUACCUUAUCCCAGACCCGCCCUAUCAAGACCAUGUCAAUGCCUAUAAGUUACAGAGCAAAUACUCUAUUAACUGAUCAAUAAUUUUUCUCACAAAUUAUUCCCUAUUCUAAGACCAAAACAUUUAGGUUUUAAAACUGCUUGGAAAUCAAACCUUGAACUGUGGCACUCACCGAUCACCUAAUCCCUGUUGAUCCAAUCCCCCAGAAAAAAUGAAACCCCACAUCCCUUUGUUACCUUCUGAUGGUCAUGGUUUUGUACAUCUUUUCUUUUGUAGUCAGGAGAAAUUUAGCAGUUGUUUUACAAGUAUCAGAGAAAAGAAUCCUGUGGAAUUCAGAAGUAUAACUGAACAACUAAUGCAGCACCUGCAAAAUAAUAUAGAGGUAACUUAAUUUCCUGUUACAGUACUCUCUCAAAGAUAGAUGCUUGGUGAUGGUUAUGAUGCCUUAGUUCUCCAAAUCCUGGCCAUGCCUCAUUGUAACGUUGCUAGUUUUCAUGUGCAUUUAGUAGUGCAUGGAUAUUUAAUUUGUGGUUCUGUCAGUAAUAUUGCUUUCCAAGCCCUGAUUUGGACAGUUCACUAUUACCAUUUGACAUCUUAGAUUUUGCCAUGUUACCUUCUCAGAGACUUGAUGGGAAGUAGUUUAGUUAUUAGAUUUCUUGUGAUCUCAGCGUAACCAAAGAGAGCAUGCACUAGCAGGAACCCAUAACCCUGAGUAAGCAACCUCCAUGUACUUGUGUCUUGGCACUUUCACUGACUAGUUUAUUUUUAGAAUGAUUUUGGCGUGAGUUUAGAAUAUCUAAACCAGUCAGCAAUACCUCAGACAUGAAAAUGGUAUUUUUGACCUUGUGAAAUAAAAAAUGACGUUUAGUUUUCCUUUUUUAUGUCUUAUAAUUCAAAUGCAAUCUUAGAGAGAGCAGCGAUUCCAUUUUUGCAAAGAAAAGAUGCUCCAAACUGUAUCUAAAAAAAAGGGUCAGUGAAAACCCCAUAACAUAGGUCUAGUAUGAGAGUUGCUCACUCCAGGUCUUGGGCUCCUGCCACUAUUUUACUAGAGUUUUUAUUUUAUUUCAUUUAUUUUAUUCAAUCACACCGUUAUAAGUUACAGAAAGUACAUACCGGUAAUUACAUAAGGAACAUUAAAAAAGAGGGAAGCGGCAAGCAAAGAAAGUAGUGUCCGAUAGCCUGUGGCUAGUGGAUUUUGCUAUCAGGCUAGUGAACUCCGUUGUUAACUUGCCCAACGGGCAAGUGAUGUUUUUUUGAGCAAUAGGCCAUUUGCACGAUGGCGUCAUUAUACUACUAUUACCAGAAUCCUUCAGGGUAUUGCUUUCUUGUGCAAAAUUAAGGUUUUUGUUAAUUAAACCUCACUAGGACUACCAAAUUUAAAUAUAAAAGGAAAAACGAAAUGAAUUCUGGUCUUAGUAGUAAAAAGACGUCAUUGUGCAAAUGGCCCAUUCGAAUAACAGAAGAACCACAAAAUCAAUUCUGCUCGUCAAAAAGUGUCUGGGGCUAGUUGAAAUGACGUCUGGGCCAGUAAGUGUUAGCUUCAGCUUGCCCGAAUGGCAAGCUGUAAAAAUGAUAUUCUUUGCACCCUGGGGAAGUUUAGACGAAGUGCAUCUUACAACACGUAUAACACUUUUUACAAUUUUAUUUAAUGGCCUGGCCAUAUAACAAACUAAAUUUCUUCAAUAGUAUCUUAAUCAUAUCAGCUUUAUAAUAUAUUAAAUAGAGUUUAUCAAUUACAGAAUUUUUGUAGCUGGUAUUGAAUUUCUAUUUGGUUGGCAAAGUCUGAGAUUAAGUGCUUUGUUACGAAUUUUACAAGAAUAAAUGUAAAAUCUCAUAAAUAACAAAGUGUAGUUUAAUUUUGCUGUAAUUAAAGGCAGCUAUUGUUGGGUGAAUUUUCAGAAAGUCCAAAUAAAGAUUCUUUCAGUGAAGGGAGUAAGUUGGAGUUUUUCUUGGAGUUGAACCAUUUAAUUACACUUUCUCUGAAGGACUGUCUGAAUUGACACUUAAUACUAGUGUAUGAGUCCACAGAGGACUUAGUCUUCUUACUAUGUGCACCCCAGAACCAGCUAGCGCUUUGACAUGUCAGUGUCCAAAUUCAUCACAGGUGUGAUGGAUGCUUUGUCUGUCAAUCCCAACAAUCUUACUCGAAGAAGAGCACAAAAAAUUUAUAUAACAUUAUUUCACAAUGUUAGCCAAGCUGAUUACUGGGUUUUUAAUAUGAUCCUUCUAUUUGAUUAUAGAAAGAAAUUGAGUUGAUGAUUAAGCAAGAAGAUCUUGUGUAUUUCUUCAAUGAACUUGACCGUAUCAUUGAAGCUACCAGCAAAGGAGACAAGCAGCCUGCUUGGUAAGUGUUUUAAGUUAAUUGAUGCUUGACACUUGGACAUCAUUAUUUUGAUCUCCACCUGGUGCAAUUUUCACAAUGCAGCCCCCACCCCCCCUCCCCCCCCAAAUCCACUGACAAGUCAGGGCAUACGAAAGAUAAUUUUGGUGUCCAAAAGCACUGCUCCUUUUGUAACCCGACAUUAUUGUAAUUAAUGCAAUAAAUUCUCCUCAUUCUUGCAAAGAGGUGAGUCUCCUUUUCCUGAUAGAGACCCCUUGUUCUCUUUGGGUUGUCUCUGUGAGACUUUCACCAGAUUUUUGUGUUUAAUUCACAGGAGGCCUUCAGGAAAUCCAGACAAAGAUAUCUGUGACCAUAUCAUGCAAGUUAAGUUAGCUUACAAAGAACAGCUCACACACAUCCUUCAUCAGGUAAAAUUACAUUGAAUAUGAGGGGUUAUUAAAAAAAGAAGUUAAAAAAUUAACCUGAGAUCAGGCUCUAUUUUCGUUUCGCUUUGAAAAUUACAUUCUGGCGGGCAAGACGAAAUGAAAAGAGAUUGGUAGCCAUUAGAGAGACUGUAUGAGAACCGCUAAUAUUGGGCCUGAUCUCAGGUUAUUAAAGAAUAGACUUCAUAGGGGUGUUAAAAGUUAGUGGUAACCCUGUAAUGUUUGUUGUGGCCUACAAAAUAAUAAGGAAAAAAACAAACAUUUAGAAAUAAACAACAACUGGCCAGAGACAAAGCUGUCAACAACAACAACAACAAUUUUUUUUAAUAAACAGAUAAUAUUGCAGAGGCAUCGCCGGCAGCUAGCGAGGCUAUUCGAGGGGGACAAUGAGUGCAAAGUAUUAAAUUACAACGAUGACUAACUUCUCAGUUCCAGUCAUAGUCAUAGUUGAAAAAUAGUUCAAAGAUUUAGUAGAAAUUUAGUAAGAAGCGUGGAGUGAUCGAGAACAUGUCUGACCAUUACGCUUUUGGUAACAGUCAUACUGAAUUUGUCAGCUGUUUACACACGUGAACGAGGAGUGGAACUUGGGACUACUGAGUCAGAGCAAAUUCAGCUAGCAGCCAUAAGAUUGUCACAACCUUCUUGGAGUGUGCGUGGCCUCAACAAUGUUGGAAGAGCUGUGUAAAUGUAUCCAACUUUGUUGCACUCCCCUUCAGCAAUCAUGGAACACAAGAAAUGUUGGGAAUUUGUUGAUUCAAAAGUUGGACCAGUUUCAAACUUUGCACAACAACUCCCAACAACAUGCAACAGGGUGUGCAAAUGUAUGUAACAUGUAACAUCCAACCAUGUUGGGAGUUGUUGGCCAACAAUGUUGUGUCCGUGAUAGAUGUAUAUGAAAUGCAUGUUGUGUCCAUUUGCACUGAGCUUAACGGCUCAGUCCUGCUGCCAUGCAAUCAUUUAUUAUUUGGUAGUUGAAGCCUCUUUCAAGUUAAUGGAAUUGAAAGGUUGAAGAAUUAUAAUAUCGUGAAUGUCAAGCAAUGGAAAGACCCAUUCAAACUCAGCCUGAUUUAUUAUCCUUUCUUCGUUUUCUUUUAGCUUGAAAGUGAUAAUGAGAAGCUUAAAGGUGAAGUUCUACCCAAAAGAGAGAAGUUGAUCGAAACUGAAAAACAAUUGAGUGAAAAGACAAAAGAUUUAAGAGAGGUAACAACUUUAAUUUUAUCAUGAACAAGAUGGAGUCAGAACACUGAUGUAACCUUCCUUAAUUUUCUGUAACAGAUUAAACUCUCUUUGAACAAUAAUAAUAUUAUUGCAGUGGGGUGGGCACGGUCUAUUAAAUCCUUCAUGUUUGGUUGAGAAACGGGGGCAAACUGUCUCAACUAAAGAUUAAGACAGUGUCAAUAUUUUAAAUGUAAUUCCAUUAAAGAAAAAAUCUUUGAAAUCUCAUAAGCAGCAAAUGUUAAUAAUAAUGACUAUUACUCAACCCUGUCACACCAUGAGAAGAAAGCAAGCUCAGUCUGAAAAAGUGAGGCUAUUUCAGGGUUCUCAGUAAGUGCCGUCAUUUAGGGCUUCUAAGGAUAUCAGUUUUUGUAACUGUAGGAGUUACCCUAGCUAAAUAAAAGUACCUUCUUCUUCUUCUUAAGCGGUCUACUUUUUGGGUAAAUAAGACAGAGUGAUAGAGUGAAAGCCUGGAAUUGUCUACAGCACGCAGUUACUAAGACACCUACUUUUACAUCCUAGCUGUCUCCUUUAAAACUUAAGGAAGAUCCUGUUCUUUAAUUUGUGAAAACUGCUGUCAGGAUAUGCAAGCUUACCCUGGGUGCCACAGGAUUUUUUUCUUGCUGUUGUUGCUGGCACCUAGGGUAAUGCAAUUAAUAUGGAAUUGACAGAAGUUUUGAAAUACUGAAAACUGAUUUGUUUGGGAUUGCAUCCACAGGCAGCCAAAUACUGCAAAGAAAACAGCGUACAGGAACUACAUGAUCAAUGUGUCAUGCUCUCACAGAAAUGAAGACAUUUGAUGAUAUUAAACUUUUAAUUAUUUAUUUUCUACAUACAAAAUACUCUGUACAUAUUAUUUUGUGAUAAUUACAUUUAAUUUGUAGUACACUAUUAAAUAUGAAACAAGAAAGAGAGUAUUUUUUUUUUCAACAUAGCUUAUAUAACACUUGAAAAAUUCUCAGUUUUAGAAGCAGAGCCUUCAUUGAGGGCUGGGGGCUUUCUUACUGCUUCAUUAAUCAUGAAACAAAAAGAAAAUCAUAGCUGUUUGAUU